GAAUAGGAAUUCAUUAAGUCUCGGCACGCAUGCGCCAAAGGGUCUGUCUGUCUGUCUGUCUGCUCUGUUUAAUCUCACAUCUUGCACUAUGAUAAUAUUAUGGAAAUCAAAAAGCUUUCUCUAAAUUGCUUACCUCAAAAGUUAGAGUGAUUUUUCCCUUCCUGAUUUUGAUUGGAUGGGUAACAUGGACGUGCUCAUGAGCUAUGCUAUUUUAUUUCAGGGAAAUCCCCUGAUAUCAGAGGUGUAGACGUAAUUGAGCGGACAAAGAUAGAUAUCUCUCCAGAUCAGCCACUGGACUUUCACUGGGAAGGUCAUGGGUUCAAGGUUCAAAUCCCAGCUGAUGCCAUUGCUACGACAGGGCCAGUAACUAGGGUGACAACACAUAUCCAGGCUAGUCUGAGUGGGGAGUACAAACUACCAGACGACAGAGUCCUUGUCAGUGAAGUCUUCUGGCUCUCACUCGAUCCUCCCGUGGAGACAUUUGACAAGAAAGUCACCCUCGCUCUCCAACACUGUGCCUCGGAUGACGACUCUACACUUGCCUUCAUUACAUCCACACAAGACAACCCACCUUACACCUUCCUCCCACUACCAGGAGGGUCCUUCUCAGAAUCAGGGCAUGGAACCAUUGAUGUAGACCAUUUCUCACCGUUUGGGCUGAUUGCAACAAGAAAGUCGUAUGCUUUCUGCACGUUUUACCUACCAAUUGAAAAGCCAAAAACACAUCAAGUCCACAUCACUGUUACUCCAAAUCUGAAAAUUCAUCUUAAGGAAGUUAACAAGGUGUAUAGAGAACGACAGGGUAAAAAGGGUCUUGAAAUACAAGCCUGCCUUAAAGAAACAACAGUUUCACUCCACAUCCCCGAUAUUGGCAUCCCUGAGAGCACUUGGGAGAAAGAUGGUUGGAAACUCACUCUGUUAACAACUGCAUCGCUUGAAAAGAGGUAUUUAGAGGAAUACAAGCCAGGAAGAUCAAUCCCCUGCUUUGCAAUCAAAUUAGAAGAGAUUUCACCCUGCCAAUGUUUAGUACAGAAAGUCCUGUUCAUGGGAGUUGAAGAAAGGAAAAAAUUCUUGUCCAUAGAGACCCCCCUUUCUCCUACCUCCUCUGCCUCCACUACUGCUCCUACAGCCACUUCUCCUACCACUCCUACCACUGUUCCUACCAAUGCUCCUACCACUGCUCCUGGUCCUGUUUCUUCUGAAGCUUCUCGCUCUCCUGGUCGCUCUACUACCACCACUCCUGUGUCAGAGUGUUCCACAGGCUCCUCCACUACUGCCUCUGUUCCCUCUCCCUCCCUGUCCUCUCCUCCUGUCUCCUCUACCACUACCAACACUCCUAUCAGCCAACCUUUCUCAACCUCUCCCACUACGUCCAGUGUCUCCACAUCUCCUCCUGCCUCCUCUACCACCACAACCGAUAACACCAAACAUAAUACAGUAGCUGAGGCUGAAAGAGUGGUAUCUGUACCAGAAUCUUCCUCCACCCAUCCUGUGACCAUUGAAAGAGACAUGUUACAAAGUGAAGGAACAUUUAAGCAAAAGAAUAUGGUGGUAGUUAUCACUGGUCUAAUGGAGGCUGGUAAAACCACACUUCUGCGCCAAUUGUUUGGUGAAGCUCUCCCCGAGAAGUACACUAGCACAGGGGUUACAAAUCAGCCCUGGCGAGGGCUUACUCCAUAUAUGAUGGACGCGAAUGAGAAUAAGUUUAAGCUCCUGAAAAAUUAUGAGGCUAUUUUUGAGCGGGUAGCUAAAGUCGAAAUAAACCCUUCGAAUGAGGAAGUUGUUCAGACUGCAAAAAAGGAAAAUGUUCCUUCAAUACAGCAAAAGAAAAAAGAAGAAAAAGUUGACAAAACUGCUCAGCCUGCAAGAAGGAAAGUGCAUGCUAACAGCACGGAAUUACCCAAAGAUGGAGAUGGGGAAGAGGCAAGACAUGAAUAUGUGUCCCCUGAAUCAACAAAGCCACCUGUAGCCGAAGAAAUUUCAUGUGAAGGUAUGGGCCAAGUUGUCACUAAAAAUCCUGUAAAUAAAGAAACGCCACUUUCUUCUAAAGAAGUGGCAGAAAAGGUUCGAAAGGAAUAUAAUGAGAUUGUACAUAUGAUUGAUACGGGUGGACAGCCAGAAUGUCUGGAAAUCAUGCCUUUUUUGAUUCACAAUGCGCAUCUCAUACUUUUGGUGGUAGACCUGUCAGUAUCUCUUGAUAAAUGUACAAUACUUACUUUUCAUAAUGAUGACCGUCCUCUUAAGAAAAAGCCUCUAAUUACUUGCAAUAGAGAUCUUAUUCAGCAACUUGCCCAAACUCUUGUGGCAGCACAAGGUGAGGGAAACAACGCUAACCAAAGCAUCUUUGUUGUUGCUACUCAUAAAGACAAAGUUAAAGAUGAAGAAAAACUCACAACACUAAACAAGUUGGUAAAUGAAAUUCUUCCUGGUAAUUCACUAUGCACCAAAGCAACAGAUGAGAGUGUGUUUGAUAUAAAUUUACUAGAUCCUGACGAAUGUACUCUAAAUAAAAUAUGUGACACAAUUACACGAGAAAUGAAGGAGAUGAAGGGGCUUGAUGUUCCUUUGUCAUAUCUUAUGUUUAAAACGGAAGCCAUGGUUCACAUGAAUGAAUUAAAAAGGACGGUUAAUGUUUUAAAACUGGAAGAAUGUUUUGACUUAGGAAGAAGACUAAAAAUGAGCGACGAUGCUGUUAAGAAUGCUCUGAAAUACUUCAAUAAAAAUAACAUCAUGUUGUUUUUCGAAGAAAUUGGCCAAGGGCUCGUAAUUCGGGAUCAAAACACACUCAUUGACUUUGUGAAUACGGUUAUAUUAUUCUUCUGCCAUGAUGCUGCAAAUUGGGAACAAAGUCAAAUAAUACUUAAAGCUAAUGAGAGAGUGUCUCUUAGCAAAGGAUUGAUUACAGAAGCAAUUUUAAAGAGAAUGCAAGAUAUAUUUGUUCCUGGAAUAUUUGAAGCUUGUCAUGCUAUUAAAGUCUUUGAAAAUCUCACCAUCAUUGCUAAGAUUUCGGAAAAUGACUAUAUCAUGAUGUGCUUGCUUCCACGAUUAUCUGUGAAGGAGUUUGAGUCAAGAAAGCUGGUUUUCACGACGUCUCGCCCAGUGAAGCCACUAAGACUAGACUUUGGCAUUGGUGACCCCCCUCAAUGGCAACAAUACUGCUCCCCCAGUGGUUGUUUUGGCAGCACUAUUGCUUGCCUCAUUACCAACUUCAGUUGGAGAAUAUGUACUGAUGAUUUAUAUGACGAAGCUCCUGUUUGCUUGUAUCAUGACAUGGCUAUACUUUGUCCAAAAGAACUAAGCUUAGAAGUAACUCUUGUCAACAAGACCAAGUAUUUUGAGGUCUAUGUAGGUGUAGAUCCAGAGAAUAGGGAUGAAUAUAAGAAGCUUCCUGCAAUUAGAAGUGACAUAAAAGAAGCAGUUGGAAAAGUUUUAAAAACAAUGAAGGUUAACCUCAGCGUUGCAGAAGGGUUUGAGUGUGACUACUGUGAUAAAACCCAAUACUUUAAAACAAAUAAUUAUGCUAGGUGCAAGUGUGGGUCGAAGAGGGAAUUAAGUCGUUGGAUUGAAGCUGAACCGGCAUACCCGGCUGAGGCACAGAACCAAGGAGGAGAACUGGUAUGCAUGCGUCAGUUUAAAAGACUAAAAACAGAUAAUGGGGAUGUAAGGAUUGUGGAGAAAAGUGCAGAGCUCUAUAAAGACAUUGGAACCAAGCUUCUUACUGCUGAAUUAGUUGACUCAAUAUCAGAAGUAGCAAAUGAAGACCCCAAGAAAGCAAUAAGACUGAUAUACAGAAUAUGGAUACGUACAGACAAAGGCCACUCGUGGAGAACACUAACACAAUGUUUCAAUGAUGUUGGGCUUAAAUCUCUUGCCCGGGACCUUGAAAAACACUUUGGGCUUCCUUCACCUUCAGAGACCACCCUCUCUCCUACUUCCUCUGCCCCCACUACUGCUCGUACAGCCACUUCUACCACCACACCUACCACUGUUCCUACAACCACUUCCACCACCACUCCUACCACUGUUCCAACCGAUGCUCCUACCACUACUGUUCCUCCUGCUCCUGGUCCUGUGCUGGGUGACCUGAUAACACUAUCAACAUCCAAGAGAGAUAUCAGAAUAUUGAAAGAGAGUGCAGUGAAAUUCAAGGACAUCGGAACCUUCUUACUGAGUGAUGAUACCGGGGCAAGAGUCAUUACCAUAGCAAAUACUGCACAUGGUGACCAAGUUGAAACUGUUAGAACGAUAUACAUAGAAUGGAUGCGAGAAGUUGAAGAUCACUCAUGGAAGAAACUGAUCAAGUGUUUCCGAGAUGUUCAACUGAACUCUCUUGCCAGAGACCUUGAGGUACACUUUGGACUCACUUCACCUUCUGACAAUGCUGCUGAGUCAGCCACACCCUCUCUCUCCUCUUCAUCUUCUGCAGUUCCCCCCACCUCCCAGCCUUGCCUCUCUGUCUCCGCAGCUCCUGCCUCCUCUACCACUGCCACCACUACUACCAACACUCCUGUGUCAGAGAGUUCCACAGUCUCCACCACUACUGCCUCUGUUCCCUCUCCCUCCCUGUCCUCUCCUCCUGUCUCCUCUACCACUACCAACACUACUACCAACACUCCUGCAAUUAAUGAGAAGAAGAAAGAAGACGAUGUGAUCAGUGAUCGGGACCUUGCAGUAAUUGCCAGGCACUACCUCAAAGAUUGGGAGAAACUCCGCCCUUUCCUGAGACUCAGCAGAGCUCAGAAGAAGGAGAUCGCUAGAUCCUACUCAAGAGACUACGAACUGCAGAAACAAGAGUGUCUGGAGGUAUGGAAGGAGGAGAUGGGGAGAGAGGCCACGUACCAAGCCCUCAUCUCGGCCGCAGAGGAGGCGGGGGACCAGCAGUUGCCGGACAACAUCAGAGACAUGUUAGAGAAGACGUGAACAUUACACCACCAACCACCACUCUCUGUUGUUACCACCCAGCAUACACUACCACCACUGUCUGUUUCUCCUUACCAUCCAGCAUUCACUGCACACAACACAAAGGCUUUAACAAAUUAAACAUACAGCACAAAGCUAUACUGCCGCCACUUUCUUCUCACCUCUAUACUGCAUCACUUCUCAUCUCUAUACCACACUCACUCACUUCUCAUCUCUAUACCACACUCACUUUUUUCUCAUCUCUAUACCACACUCACUUUCUUCUCAUCUCAAUACCAUACUCACCUUCUUCUCAUCUCUAUACCACACUCACUUUCUUCUCAUCUCUAUACCACACUCACUUUCUUCUCAUCUCUAUACCGCACUCACUUUCUUCUGAUCUCUAUACCACACUCAUUUCUCUUCUCUAUACUGUGUUUUGUAUACAUGCCACAGUCACU